GUGGGUGUGUGUGUUGGAUUUUCAUAAUAUUAUUUCAAGAGGUCAAAGUCAUGCAUCCAAUCUUCGAUGUAACUCUAAAAUGUGCUCGCACGUUUAGUUCGUAUCGAAGUGCACGAGUGUUUUUAUAGAAGGUGAAUUCCUUAAAAACUCUUAAUUUUUGAGGAUAUCUCCAAUCCCCCUCUUCCACCCCCUACUCUCCCCAGUAAAAAGAGAGCAGAUGACAAGAUCAGGGGAACUCUAUGAUGGAUGAAAAUGUCCAUACUGAAGUCUCUGACCGAGAACCAGGGAGGGCAAAUACACCGAGGUCAUAGAGGGCAGAGCCAGAGGGGUUGACUAAGAGAGAGAGAAGCAAGUUCACAAGUGACUUCCAAGUGCAGCAGUCUUUAUUUCAUGAACAGCUUCAUUCAGCAGGCAAGUGCAGCCCCGGGCGAGCUGAAAUAAAUCCAGAAUCCCUAGCAGGGAGGUUUUGUCUCAGUUCCUCGACCAUGACCGUUUUAUUGACUCUCCAGACUGGCUCACGUGAAACUAAGGUGAGCUCUCUCACCAUCACAUCCAGAUACCGCUGGCUGCUCGCUUGUUUACUCAGCCGUUAAAAAUGCAAGGAGAAUAAUUCAACCAUUUCGAUUGACAGCACUUUCUGUAUUCAUAGGACUGGCAGAAAGCAAAGAAGCCCCCUGCGGAGAUCAAUGCUUUCUGAGGAAACCUGCGAAGUGGCGUCUGAAGUGGUUUAAUAACGAUCGAGGUUUUUAACUUUUCCACAGGAUUUCAGUGUGUAAACAUUGAACUAUGAGUCAAUUCCAACGGAAACAACACUGGGAUAGUCUGACUAAAACCGUUUAUUGUGGUUCUCCUCAGCAUUUAGGGGGGAAAAAGGUCACAAGGUAGUGCUACCUCUUCGUUUCUAUUGACUGUAGCAGACUAUCCAUGGUGCGGAACAUGUUGACUUGUUUCAAUAGUUUUCCAUGAUCUUGCAAUAAUUAUGAUGCGCAUUUAAAAAACAGCUGACUUGAACAAUUUCUAAAGACUAAUUACUCCUUCUCUCUCUCUCUGUCUCUCUCUCUGUCUCUGUCUCUCUCUCUCUCUCUCUCUCUCUCUCUCUCUCUCUCUCUCCUUCUCUCUUUCUCUAAUGCUCGAGGAGGCACUUCGGCGGUCACGUGAACACGAAAGUGAUGCGUGCCCGGUAUGAGUACACUCCGAUCCAACUCUUUCGUCCACCACCCCGGAUACGUAAGGAACUCGUCGUCUCCAAAGAAAAUACGCCACUCGUCAAACCUCCCCAAACGGACACAAGGAGUCGUGGCAGCAGAAGUGUCACCGUCAACUGUUGUAGAGAUAGCGGCUACAACAGUGCUGGCGACAGAGACACUGAGAGAACCGCGAGAAAUAUCCUGCUGCGAAGGUCUGGAUCUCCGGCCUCAGUCCUGGGGAUUUUUCUUGUGACGUUGAUGAUGAUGCAAAUUGUCCAAGUUGCACCCCAGGGACCGCCUUACCCGGAGCCUGUGUUCCUUCCUCGACUGCUGAAUGUGACGGCUCGGGAAGGGGGCACCGCCCUGCUGCCAUGUGCUGUGCACUUCUUGGGGACCAAAGAGGUAACAUGGAAGAAACUUGGAGGAGACCACUUCCUGUCCGUUGGAGCCAUCACGUGGGUGAAAGACCCGAACUUGGAGCUGAGCUUCAACGAAAUCACACCAGAGGUGACUGAGUGGAACCUGCUCAUCAAACGGGUGGCCCCGGAACACGCGGGCACGUACGAGUGUCGGAUCAGCGAUAAAGACAAACUCUACAGAUAUAUCAAGCUCAAUGUUAUAGGUCCCCCUUUGGAAGAGCCAGUGAGUCGGCCUCCCAUAGCCCUGUCCGGCAAGAGGUACGUCGAGCAAGGGGAGCCAAUCCACUUGUUUUGCAACACGACGGGUCCUUUGGGCGAUCACCUCAGCAUUGACUGGUUCAAGGACGGGGACAAGAUCGACUACAGCACCUACAAGCACAUCGUCAUCACGAACUACAAUGUGGUGGAGACCAAUUCGUUAUUUCGUCGACCUAAUUCCAGUCUGCUGGUGAGCGAGCUGCUGAUAGACCGGAGUCGAGCCUCAGACACGGGUACCUACAUCUGUCGGUCGGCGCAGGGAUACAUCGCUAAUCACAAGGUCACCGUGCUUUUUGCUGACACGACAAAUGUUAAAAGAGGGAAUCCUUCAACAGGCUCCGGAACCAGCCAACUGCAGUGCCUUGAUAUCCUCAUUCAUGUCAUCAUUAUCAGUGUUAUUAGUCUCCAAAUAUCUCUGAUCGUCUCUUCAUCGUGAAACAGCUCGCAUGUCGACCGUGUGAUUCUGCACAGCACAAGUUCAUCGACAUUGAUUUAUUCAUAACUUUUUGACACAAUUGUUAAGUUUGGUUGUGAGACUGGAUGGUGCCGUUGCCUGGAGUACACGGCAGAGAUGUACACUUUCUUUGAGUUUGUCAAACCAUUCAAUUAUUUGUCUUACUUUAUUUAUUAAUUGUUUAAUACUCUGUUUCGUUAUGUACAAUUAUGUUUGGGUGCGUUUCAUGUUGUUGUGUUUUUUUUGCUUUCUAUAUGUUAGCUAUCAACCCCCCCCCCUUUCACCCAGCAUUUUUUCCACCAAAUCACUAGACCUUAUGGAGUAAUCUUCGCGCUUUGGUAAAGAAAAGGGUAUUCCGUGUUCUCAUAGUCAAACUUCACUGUUUACUACUUUGUUGUUUUGAAAAGAAUCUUUUGACUGUGGACAUUUUGGGGGUUAGAUGACACCAUGUCGUGUGCAUCUUUCUGAAAGGCAGAUGAGGUGGGGAUGGGGUGGGGUGGGGGUGAGAGUUGUCUGCGGAAAGGGACGGGAUGGGGUAGAUGAUCAACUUAUAUCUCGAAAUUUUAAAGUUCUGUGUCAUUUGAGUAGAAUUUUCAGAACUGAAGAGAAAAACAACGUCUUGUAAGUAUCAAACUUAUUGAAAUGAACGGUCACAUUUGUAGUAGACACUAUCAUAAAAGCUUGAUAUUAUCGAUAACUAGAAUAUUGUUACUCUUUGCUAUUGGAUAUAUCGUUACUUUCACUGGGGUCUAAUAGUUUGUAGAGCUCAGAAGCUCCUCUUCGGGUUUUGAAAGCUUGGUUUACUUUGAGUGCCGUUUUGUUUAAGAAAUGCCCAGGUUCAUAUUUACAUAAUUAAGCCCAACACAAGAGCAGCUGUGCAUGAUACGUAGUGCAUCUUUAAACCAGCGACCUUAUCUUUUUGUUUCAAUCAAUAAGUCGACGUAUUGUUGUCCGUCUUUUCUGAGGAGUAGUACAAUAACAUUUUUCUGACUGGUGAUAUGUUGCACCCCCUAUCGACAAUAUUCAGAUCAAAUAGAAGGCGUAAACUAGGGCUAGUGGGAUACAGCCUUGCAGCAGAAGGACGGAGACACUUUAAAAAAAUACAACAACAAAAACCCCAUACUCCUCACCUGGGACGCGAACUCACCCAAAUAAUACAGUACAGAAGCCGGUAAAUAUUUUCAGAAACGAAAGAAUACUCAUUACUCUACUUUGUUUCCGUAUCCACCACUAAUGCCACCACCACCGUUGUCGUCAUUGCCACCCAUAAAGUGGAAGGCUUCUUUUGUUAAAAUGUAAUUGUAGUUUCACGUCACCAUCGACAAAAUUACCUUAAUUUAGAAGGUGAGUUGGUUCGGUGAGUUGUCGGGACCCGCCAGGGAUGAAAAAGAUACAAGAUCACAGCAGAAAUGCGGAUAUACUCGAUAAAAAUUCUCCCCACAUGGGAAUGGAACUCACGUCUCCUGCGUGGGACAACGAAUCAUCUAACCACUGCCCCAUAGACGCCGGUGAUGAUUUCGUCAGCAUCGUCAUCAUUUUUAUAAUCUUUUGAAGAAGAUACACAAGACUGUCAUGGUUUUUAAAAAUAUCUUGAGAGAUUCUGCUGGCUUCUAUUAUAAUCAUUAUUGCCAUCCCCAUCAAUAUAUAAUGCAGUAAAAGCGGCACCAGAGACCAAGAAAAAUCAUCGUUCUCCGCUCAUAUACAGCUGGCUUUGGGUCUAAUAACGCGCUGCCUGGGGUCAGCCAUUAAAUGUAAGAGCCCACAAAAAACCCAGAAAUGAUGGACGAUAUCAAAGUGUAAACUGGGCUCAAGCUUUUACUUUCCUCUUGAUUAUUGUUUGUUUUUGUUCAUUUAUUGUUGUUUAUCUAUUUUCUGUUUAGUUAUCGUCAGUUGAAAAAA